UUUUGUAUUCCUUUCCUCUUUCACACUCCUGUUGUUUGGCAUGCAGAAGUUCUGGCCGUUCACUCUGACACCGCGUCACCCAGUGUAGGGGAAAACCUGCCUGUGCACCAGCAAGAGCUACUCAAGGAGAACGCUCGACUCAGUCAAGAGAGGCGAGACCUGCUGAAGCAACAUGGGAAGGAGAAGCAGGAGUACGAGGCACACGUUCAGCAGUUGGAGACGGCAGUGGAAGAGGAGAGGCUGCGACUGGAGGACCUCCUGGAGGCCAAGAAACUGGAGAUAGAAGACCUGACUAGACAGGUGGAGGCCAUGGAGAAGCAGAUCAAGGCCAAUAAACAGUUCAUGGAGAGCCAGGCAGUGGAGAGAGAACAGGAGAGGGACGACUACCAGAGAGAGGUCCUCAAGCUGAAGGAGGCCUUGAAGGAGAAGGAAAAACACUUGACCACUGGACAGAGGCUGAAAAGAGAGGUACAACGUCAAACAUGA